UUGGACUCAAGAAACGAAGCUGAGAGAUACAGUUGAGAUUUCUUACGGUGAGUGACAAAGCUACUCUACUACAGAGAAGAUUGGAUAUUUUUGCUGGAUCAUUAUCUUUUUGAGUUCUUCAUUCAACCAAGGAAACUAUGCAGCAGUACCCAGAUCAGGGUGGCGAUAGUGCCGAGUUACUUGAUUGGCUCUUUGAUAAAAAUGAUGGAAUUCUUCGUCAUGAGGAAACAGGACACCGUGGCAACAAUCCCAGCUGGCCAUUUCAGGGGCAUAAUAUGCUCCAGCCAGCUCAGCAGGCAGACGAGGACUUUCUCAACGCCCUUUUGACUGGGGGUCAUUCUGUGAAAGCCUCGCCGCUGUGGUCUCCAUCUCCCAGCGACAGCGGGAUCAGUGAGGAUCCUCCAUCGGAUCAGAUGGACAGUCCUCACCGCCCCGAGAGCCCCCCUGAGGAAACCGAGUGUUUUGGUCCAAUACCACCAAGCAAGGCAGCCCUGGACGGUAACGUCUCCACUGAUCUCAAUGUCUGGGACUAUGGCUUCCCGACUACCAACACAAGGAUGACUCCGUAUCCGUCGGACAUACAAAGACCACAGCUGUCCACUGGCUUUCCUCUAACUGUCAAAGAUCUGUUACUGUCUGGCACGCCAGAACCACCCCCACAGCCAUCACAAACGUCAGUUCAAGAUCUGAUUCUGAAUGAGGAUGAGAAGAAGCUUUUAGCAAAGGAGGGGGUCACCCUCCCCAGCCAGCUUCCUCUCACAAAGUAUGAGGAACGGAUUUUGAAGAAAAUACGCAGGAAGAUUCGCAAUAAGCAGUCUGCCCAGGAGAGCAGGAAGAAGAAGAAGGAGUAUAUUGAUGGACUGGAGAACAGAAUGACAGCUUGCAGUGUACACAACCAAGAACUGCAGAGAAAAGUGUCCCAACUGGAGAAAUGCAACAUGUCGCUAAUGGAGCAGCUGCGCAGGCUGCAGGCUCUGGUCAUGAAUUCAACCAACAAGCCAGCCCAGACUGGGACAUGUGUACUGGUGUUCCUGCUGUCCUUCUCCCUAAUCCUGUUCCCCAACCUCAAGCCUUUCUCUGACACUGAGGUCAGCCAAGAGGACUUCACUCUAGUCAGAAUCCAGUCACGGUUCCUGCAAAACGUUCAGGAGUCCCAUGAGCAGCGUGUCAUCAAUUACGAGUUCCCUGCCGAGGAGGAACCUGAGCAUCUACACAAGCAUUUACCAGGAGAGCAGGAACUGGAGGACUUUGCUGCUCUGAUGGGGAAGCUGAGAGUGAAACAGGAACAGUCCAGCUCGACGUCCGUGUCCAUGAACAGCAGUCAGGAAGACCCAAUCAGUCAUUACCAAAUUGAUCCAAUUACUGGGCACAUCACUAGUUUGACACUGCAUCCUCAGCGUUCUGCCAGUCUGCGACCACAUGCAGAUGACAUGUAGGAAAGAGAAGAAAUUAGCCCCAGGUAAGCUGAUUUCACAGAUCAGUUGAAUUAAAGGUUGAGGGGGAAAAUUCUCAGGGACUGAUGUUUACACAAAUUGGGAAAUUUGAAGUUUUGUUCUUUCCUGCUUCACCUUUAAUGCAUAUUCUGCAAGUCUUUACUUUUUUGUUAUACUGUUUGUUUUUGUUUUUUUUAUUAUUUUUACAGAAUAGAUUCAAACAAUACACUGACAUUUCCUGUUAACAUGCAUACAAUUGCUAAUCUUCUAUCUUUAGGUGUCUGAAUAAGUGUUUAAGACUACAAAAAAUACGGGCAGGUAGCAAUGUGAUGGUCUGUACAAUUUUGAUUCAAACAAGUAAUUUAGAAAAUGAAGAGUUAGUUUGUUGCUGAGGCAUCUAUUUCUUUUUUUUUUAAGAAUUGAUUGCAACUAUUUAGACUCAUUCAUGGAUGAAAUAGCACUGAAUAAAAGGUGUCAAACAAGA